GCCAGAUGUCCCUGCUUCAAAACGCGCAACUGCGCCGAUCCACGCGCGCGCCGCCGCUGCCGCCAUGGCCGCUCGUGAGCCAAGUCCAACCCCCGCCGGCGCCGCGAGACAUGCAUGGACAUACGGCUCCAGCUCCUCCCAUCCGCCCAUCCGCCACACACGGCAUGCAAGCUCCGGACGGAGCCCGUCUUCCGCGAGCACCAGCUCACAGCAAGUCUCAUCGUCCGCCACGACCCGACCGCGAUGGCGCGCUCUCUUCUCAGCCAUCUCCUCAUCUGCUGCUCCAUCGCCGGCGCGUCAGACGCCGCCACCACCGCCACACAGAGACCUGCGGACCCCUGCGCCGGCCGCCGCGUCCACGUCCGGCGCCUGCCCGUGCGCUUCAACCUUGACCUCCUCCGGCACUGCGCCGCCGCGUUCCCGCUGGUGGACCCGACCUCGCCGGCCACCUCCACCCCCUCCUGCGCCUCGCUCGCGAACCACGGCCUGGGUCCGCGCACCCACCCCCGCAGCCGCUCCUGGUACCGCACCGACGGCCGCCUCCUGGAGCCCUUCUUCCACCGCCGCGUCCUCGAGCGGCGCUGCCUCGUCGACCGCCCCGCCCGCGCCGACGCCGUCUUCGUCCCCUACUACGCCGCGCUCGACGCGCUCCCCUACGCGCUCGACCCCGCGCUGCUCAACUCCUCGGCGCUCCAUGGCCUGCCGCUGGCGCGCUUCCUUGCGCGGGACGACCCGCGGACGCUGGCGCGCCGCCACGGCCACGACCACUUCUUCCUCAUGGCGGGCCCCGCCUGGGACUACUCGCAACCGCACGACGCCGACCCCAGGAUGUACGGCACCACGUCGCUGCUCCGCCGCCCCGAGCUCGAGAACUUCACCGUCCUCACCGUGGAGUCCCGCGCGUGGCCGUGGCAGGAGCACGCCGUCCCACACCCGACCUCCUUCCACCCGGCGACGCUGCCGCGCCUGCGGGGGUGGCUCGCCCGCGCGCGCCGCGCGCACCGGACGGCGCUCAUGCUCUACGUUGGCGGCGUGUCCCGCCCGUCGCGCCCCAACAUCCGGGGCUCCAUCCUUGCCGAGUGCGCCAACGCCACGGCCGCCGUCUGCACCGUCGUCGACUGCUCCGGCGGCGCCUGCGCGCUGGACCCGCUCAUGUACAUGCGGCCCAUGCUCAGGGCCAAGUUCUGCCUGGAGCCGCCGGGGGACACGCCGUCGCGCCGCUCCACCUUCGACGCCAUCGUCGCCGGGUGCGUGCCGGUGUUCUUCGAGCAUGCGGGGGCCAGGACGCAGUACGGCUGGCACCUGCCACGCCGGAGGUACGACGAGUUCUCCGUCACCAUACCCAAGGAGUCGGUGGUGCUGGGGGACGUCAGGAUCGCCGACGUUCUAGCGGCGGUGCCCGAUGCCGACGUGGCCAGGAUGCGGGCGCGCCUGCUGGAGCUCGCGCCCAGGGUCGUGUACCGGCGCCACGGGAGCACCGCGGAGCUGAGGGAGGCCAGCAAGGAUGCCGUGGAUCUCGCCGUGGAGGGCGCGCUGCGGAGGAUCAGGAGGCGCGUGCACGUGCUGGAGGACGGCGACCCGGACGCCAUCUACUCGCUCGAGGACGACGAUGACUUGCUGUAGCGCGAUCUAGAUAGGAUUUUUUUUUUGAAACAGAUAAUUUCUUUUUGAGGGGAGGGGAGGCUGGGGAGAGAAUUCCCCACCUGAUUUUCUUUUCAUUGCAGUGGCCCUUGAACGGGGCAGUGCUAAUCCGCGGGCGCGCGCUGAGAUGGAUUUAGCGAGCGAUUCCCCGACAGUCAAUUUUGGAAAGAUUUAAUUACCCCAACUUUCUAUUUCUAAAAUAUCAUAAUUUUUAUAUAUAAUUUAGACA